AUGAAGAAACCGAGGCAGCGCGAGACGAACGAGCCGAACAAGGCCGCCGGCAUGAAGAGACUGAACGACGCCACCGUCGUGAAGAGAUCGAGUGAUACUAACGACGCGAAAAAACCUAACGACACCACCAACACAAAGAGUCUGGACGAGACCACCGACACGAGCUUGCCAGACGAGGACACGACACAGACGAAGAGGUCGAAUGAGGACAUUGACAGCCGACCGAGGACGCCGACACGACGCGGCCGAAGAUACACGAACGAGCGCGAGACGAAGGGGCCGGACGAAGCCACCGACAGGGACCGAGCCGAAAGAGGACACCGACCCGAACACAACGAGCGAUGCCACCGACGCGAAGAGAUCGAAGCUCACAAGGCGAGUGACGGCGAGAGCCCGAACGAGGACACCGACAUAAAGAAGACGAACGAGGCCACCGAGACGAAGAUGCCGAAGUUGCAGCAGGCAGCGCACGACGAAGAGACCAAACGAGGCCCCGAGACGAUGAGAACAAACGAGGCCGCCGCCACCAAGUCGCCAGCGAUGGCGCGAGACGAUAGCGCGCGUGAGUCGCGCAUGAUCUUGAUAUUGAAGCGACGAGGAUGA